AUUCAAGGUAAAUGUGCAGACGCAUGAAUGGGUGGGUGUGUUGCUGACCUCUGAUUUUUCACAGUAAGUGGUGUGGCUCGGAGUUCCCGCUUGGGAGACACAUGGAUUGAUUUGAGGGGGUAGAAGUAGUUGACUCUUUGCAGACAGGAGAAUUUCCCCAAAAGGAAGGGUCUCUGAAUCCCAAGCCUUGGCGUUUUCUAAGCCCUGUGAUUACGGGUGAAGGGCAAGUGAGCAAGGAAGGCGGAAAGCAAAAGGCAACUGAGCUGUGGAAGGUAAGGAUGCUCUCCUUGGUCAACACAGGUUGGCAGCAAUGACUUGCCAGGUCUUCAGAUGGGGCUGCUCCCUGUCCUACCUGGAGAUGCCAGUGGGGAUCGAACCAGGGACAGGUACUCUGCCACUGAGCAAAGGUCCUUCCCCAAGGUUGAUGGGAGUCAUCAGAGACCAACCAACUCUGGAGGGCCACCACGGGUUCACCAUCUCUGCACUUAAGGGGGUUACAGUUCCUCUGUCACUCUAGCUUCCUCAGCAUCUUUUAACUGUCCCUCUUCCACCACUGAAGAAAACACACACUAUUCCCCUCUCAGCUCUGUAAUGCCGUUCCCAAGCAAAUUUGUUGCAUCUCCUUAAAAGAGCCAGAGAGCCCUGUAGGCAUUGCUGCCUGAAGGCUGGUGCCCCUGGGACUGCAGAGCACUUCUGAUGUCUUUGAGCAAAGGAGCCAGGUGUUGAUCUCCUGGUAAGUAUGGAAUGACAGUUACCUGGAUGCUGACCUUCCUUCCUCCCUUCCUGUUUUCACGACUCAGGAGCAAAUUCAUUUCCCCCAGUCCCAGCCUUGUUAUUUUGCUUUGCGUGUGCUCAGGGGCACUCUUACUUCUCCCUAAGAUUGCAUCGCUUCUUUACUUGUCAUCUUAUCGGUUCUCGUUUGUUGCAGGAGGUCUGUUAAUCAGGAGGAACAAGAAUUGCUCUCAUUUCCCCUUGCCCCCCACAACUGGAGUUUCCCACGACAGGGUGCUGAGCUUCCAGGACUAGGUUAAGAAAAGAAACUGGUGGGCAAAAUGGCCAGGAAGAUGAGCAUCGACCAGCUGGAAGACCAGCUGCUCUGCCCCAUUUGCCUGGAAGUCUUCAAAGAGCCCCUGAUGCUCCAGUGUGGGCAUUCAUACUGCAAGAUCUGCGUGGUCGCGCUUUCAGUUGGCCUGGAGAGCCAGUUCCUUUGCCCGGUGUGCCGGAAGGCUGUGGACUGCAGCAGUUCCCCACCCAACGUCAACCUGGCUCGUAUCAUUGAGGCGCUGCAUGCUGCAGGCAGCUCAGAUCCCAACGAGGAGUCCUGCCCUAACCACCACAACCCCCUCAGCCUCUUCUGUGAGCAAGACCAAGAGGUGAUCUGUGGUCUCUGCGGCACCAUCGGCACCCAUCAGCACCAUAAGGUCACCCCCAUCUCGACCAUCUACAGCCGGAUGAAGGUAAGUGCUUGGAUGGUGUGGGGAGCUUAGGCAGAAGGUGGAUCCUGAACAGAUUCCUGGUGGACCACCAAAUGCCUGCUGGUUGCCAAUUUAGGUGGACCUUGGUCUGAUCCAGCAAGACAGCUUUCAGUGUCUUAAUUUGUUAUUUAAAAAAAAAGGAAGGGAAGGGGCUGUAGUUCAGUAGUAGUGCAUCUACAUUCCUUGGUGAAAGGUAGCUCCAUAUUUUCUCUGGUGUAAUAUGGGGAAGGGCCAUAGUGCCCCUGCCUUGCAUGCUGAAGGUUUCAGCAACAUUGCUAUUUGUUUGGGGGUCUAGAGCAGCCUCCCCCAGCCUGGUGCUUCGUGUUGUGCUUUGGGCGCAAGUGUGUUCUGAAAAGGGGGUGUGGGGAAUCACGUGUAGAUCAGGUGCCUGUGAUCAAGGGCAGCUAGAGGAAGCAAUGAGCCACAAGGUUUGCCUUGAGGCAAACAAAGAGCCUUGGAAAUGGGAAUGGAAAAGCAAAGCAAGGCUGUCCCGGCUCCUUUGAGUGUGCCUGUUACUAGGUAGGACAGAGAUAAGCCAGAAGUGGUCAAAUCUCUCCUGCCCACAAAUGGGUGUGUCUGACUCCCAGCAGAGCCAGACUCUAGUGCUAGCAUAUGCCUAUGCUAACAAUGAGCUUGUGAAUUGAAAGCCCUGACCUUGACCCCUGGCCUGACUCCACCUCCCAGAUAUCUGAACAGGUUGUGUGUGUGUGUGUGUGUGUGUGUGUGUGUGUGUGUGUGUAAAGCCUCUUCCCUGCCUGAGGAGACCCCCAAGAGAUUCUUUUGCCAAAGAAGGCGAUUCUGGCCUAGGUGGAUCAAAGGUCUGAUCCAGCAGAAGGCAACUUACAUGUAUCCUUUCCAUACCUGAGUUUCUCUUUCCCUGGUACCUGGGGUGGGGGCUCCAGAUGGUUGUAGGGGGUGUAUGGCCUAGAAUUCCAUCUUAAAACAGAGACAUAGGACGCUGCAUUAUUCUGAGAGUCAGAGCAUUGAUCUAAGUUUAGUAUUGCCCACCCUAGGGCUGGGAGGUUUUUUCAGUCUUCCAGGCAACCUACCAAGGGGGCCAGGUUGGUGGGUGGGGCCAGAGGCAAAAGUGGGCCGGGCAAUGAAUGUAAAUGUUACCUUGGCACUGUAGCCAUGUUUCUACACGCAGUCACAUGCCCCUCUCUCUCCUCUGUCCAUGAGCAAAAGGUGUUAGUCGAGUUCAAGGACAUAUUUCCAGCCAGGCAAAAACACUCAAGGUGCAAAGCAGAGCCAGGAGGUACAUGGCCUAGGAAGAAGGGGUGGGGCUUGGGAAGAGUUCCAAGGCCCAGGUGAGGUUCCUCACUCCUGGCACACACUGACUGGCAGCAGCUCUCCAGGGUUUCAGCCAGGGAAUAUUUCCCAGUCCUACUAGGAGAUGUUGCCAGGGCUUGAUCCAGGGGCUUCUGCAUGCAAAGCAGCUGUUUUGACCCCACUGACCUAGAACCGUUCCCCUUUACGUCAGCUGGACACUGUUGGAAACGUAACGGCAAGCUGGACUCCCCUUGGCCUGAUCCACUAAAGCUGUUUCUGUUUCCUCAGGAGAAGCUCUCUGCGUGGAUGACAGAGGUGCAGAAGCAGAAGGGGAGCUUGGAUGAGCAUGUCAGCAGGCUGAUGAACAACAAGACGCGCAUUGCGGUGCGUCCAGGGAAUCAGAAUAUAUGUUGGGUCCAGGGAGCUAACUGCGUUCAGCACUGGGAACUGAGUUGUGGAAGUUAACAUCCAGUUUCCAAAAUGUUCAGGUUUCAUUUCAAAAUUAGAUUUAAAAAAUAAAACAAAACCUUAAAUCUGAACCUUAACUCAUACUACUGAAUGAUUUUAAAUAUAAUUUGAUACCUCCUAUAUCCAACAGAAUCUUCAAUGAUGAAUGUUAAAAUGCAAACUUCUUAAUCUUGCUGCCAAGGACACAGGGUCAAGCCAACUUGAAAUGCAAGCUUUGCCACCAGCUUCUCCUACCAAAGAGCGCUGUGGCAGGUAGCCUCUUGGAAACAGCCCCAGAAGACAGUUGCCAGAAUUAAACCCAUGCACACCUCAACUCAAAUUAAGCCACGCCUCAUUCUAGUGUUAAUUGUGUUUCUGGAUUUCCCCCUCAGAAUGAGUCCGAUGUCUUCAAAUGGGUGGUCCGGAAGCAGUUCCAGGAACUGCACAGGUACAUCGAUGAGGAGAAGGCUAGGUUCCUGGGGCGGAUUGAGAGGGAGGCAGGCCAACUUAUCGCCUCCAUCGAAGUCCAGGUGAAUCAAACGACAGACAUCUUGCAGAAGCUGAAGGAGCUGGAGAAUUCCCUGGAGAAACUCAACAACGAAGGCCAGUUGGAUUUCAUAAGGGUAUGUCUGCCUGCCUGGUGCUGUCUGAGGCAGAAAAUCAAAUGGCCAACAACACCUUCUCUCUACCACACAGUGAUUCACAUAGGGGAAAGUUCAACUUGAGGGUUUGGGGGUAUAGAGGAGGGCUAUAGGAGCUGUGGGGUCCAUAAAAGCAGGGGUGCUCUACAGCCCCAAUUCAAUUUGCCCACAUUUUCCACACCUUUCCCUGUGUCCUGCCUCUAAGCCUAAGGUUCUGUUAUAGAUGCUGUAGCAGCAUAAGCUCAUUAAAGCUUUCUUCAUCUCUUGUUUUACAGAAAUACAGAUCUCUUCCCUCCAGGUAUGUUGAAAGGGGAGGGGAAGAGAGAGAGAAAGAAAGUGUGUGUAUGUGUGCACUGUGGAGUCAGGCCAUGCUCCAUGAUCUCUCAGGGGAUCCAUGGAAUGGGCCCAUGGUCAAAAAGCAACAAGGGAUCAGAUGCAUGUCAAUCAUAGUCUCCCCAACCUCCCCCCACCCCAAGAUGCAACACGUAUUCAUUAUCUUCCUCCCAGAGCAAUUAUUUAAUGAAGCUUUCACAAACCUGGUGCCCACCUGUUGCUCUGAACUACAACUCCCAGCUGUGCUGUCUGGGGCUGAAGGGAAUUGUAGUCCACAACCACUGAGCUAUGCCCUCCUACUUUCCUGCAAAUAUGAGGGAGCCACUGCAGAUCUUCAAGGUCAGAGUGCUUCCUCAGCAGCAUCACUCCAACAAUUAAAUUGGGGCCAGGUAGUUGGAAAGCUGUAGCAGAUGAUUAAGACUCAAGUAUUCAUUUUGAGAAAAUCAUGAUGAAAAUCAAUAUUCUGCCCUGCUCCCCCAGGUCUGAGCUCCCCCGCCAGCAUCUGGCUGAUGGUAUGUUCAGCGCAGUCUCCUUUAAGCCCGACUUCCACCAAGAUGACAUCAAGAUGAUGGUGUGGAAGAGACUACUACGCAAAGUCCUCCCAGGUACAGCCGCUGUUGGAGAGGAAGCCAACAGGCUCCUCAGAGGUCUUAAAGCAGCCUUCCUCAACCUGGUGCUCUCCAGGCUUUGUGGACAACAACUCCGCAGAGCCAUUGUAUUGCAUUUAUAAACAGGUUUUUAAACAGCUUUAAGCGGUGCACAAUAUUUCUGCACAUAUACCAUAAUAUACGGUAAAUGUAAGUGUCAUCACACGGCAGUUCACUUGUCCCCAGACAGGUGACACUGCAAACUAGAGUGUUACACCAAGCUGGGCUCUCAGAGCUGCUGGGCCAUCACAGCAGCAUCAGAGGGUGAGGAGGACAUAAAUGAAGAUGGAAGUGGGCAGUUGGGCAGCCCAGAGCAGAGCAGAGCAGCAGGCAGGUGGUCCAAGUAAGCUGUGAAGGUUUGUUGAGUCUAAGGGGAGGAGGUGGGUGGCUUUGGCAAGGUAAAAAGGGAAGAGGUAGCUUUAGUGAAGAGUAAAGGGAUGGGUGGGCUCCUUGUCAUUGUAAAAUUAAUUAUAUUUACCUGUAAAAGGUGGAUUGACCCCUGCUCAGGAUCCCUCCUGAUUUUCACCCCUUCUCUUAGCUCCAGAGAUGCUGAAACUGGACCCAGUGAGUGCGCACCCCAUCCUGGAGCUGUCCAAGGGAAACACCAUGGUCCAGUGUGGGGUGUUCUUCCAGAGGCGAGGCAGCAACCCUGACCGCUUCGACUACAGCAACUGCAUCCUGGGUAACAAGGGCUUCUCCUGGGGGAGGCACUACUGGGAGGUGAUUGUGGGCCUCAAGAGCCACUGGCGUUUGGGCAUCGUCAAAGCCACAGUCAGCCGCAAGGGCAAGCUGAACAAGAGCCCUGAGCAUGGGGUGUGGCUGAUCGGCCUGAAGGAGGGCAAGGUCUAUGAGGCCUUCAACAACCCACGCGUGGUGCUGCCGCUCUCAGCCCGCCCCCAGCGCAUCGGGGUCUACUUGCACUACGAGAAGGGUGAGCUGACCUUCUACAAUGCCGACAGCCCUGACGAACUGGUACCAAUUUACACCUUUCAAGCAGAGUUCCAGGGCAAGCUGUACCCCAUCCUGGACAUGUGUUGGCAUGAACGGGGCACCAACACGUUGCCCAUUGUCCUGCCCACGCCCACCAUGCUGCAGGUCCAAGAAGAUGAUGGGCUCAAUGCCCAGGAGCCCACCAAGUUGUAAGUGGGCAGUUCCUGCCUGCUGAGCUGCAGAGUGAGUGCCAUGUUGCUGCAACUGCAGGGGAGAAAGGCACCAGCCACAGACUGCUCUGCUCCAAAGCAUGGCAAUCUGGACCAGAGAAACCCUGAUCAAGGUGUAACUGGAUUUGUAUUCUCACAAGGGAACAGUCCUCACAUAUACAAGGUGGGCUCCAGAGGUCUGUUUGAGAACCUUUUGCCUUCAGCUCAGCUGAAGGAGUCAGAACAUAGCUGGUUAAUCAAGGAGCCAAGUUAAGCAUCUCAAGAGCAAGUGAGAGAGACAGCUCAAUACCUUUGGGUGCCUGCUUUGAAGAAACCCAGUGAUCCCCCAAGGAGGAGAACUUCCUUUUUUCUAGAUGGCAUGGUCCAUGGAUCAGCUCAGUCAUUCUCUCUGCUAACUGUCCUUGAUGGAAUCUGUUCAACCAACUCACCUUGCCUCUGGGCUGCCUCUAGGAAACAUGCCAGUUAAUUGAUGCUUAAACUUCAAAGGCCCAUUGCUUCCCUCUCUGCCUUUUAGUCUUCCUCACCAGGAAGUUUAAAGGCUAGAUUUCAUACAGCUUCCUGACACAUUGCUACAAUCGUCCUGCAUUUGCCAAUGCCAUGGGGCCACAUUAAAAAGGGGGGAAGAUUAAAGGCUGAAACUGUCCUACCGAUGUCUUUGAAAAUGCUUUCCCAUGACAUCCCUUUGGUCUGCCGCAAAUGCACUUUAGAGCUUGCACCAGAGCAUUAUGUUUAAUCCGUUUUAAUGCACACUUUGCCAACAUUGUGCCUUCAAGAUUACUUGGGCUAAAACGCCACAGCCAACUCAGCUCUACUAUGCCAGUUUUGAUGGGAGUACAGACAUACUGGUCAGGACUGAUGGCACUAGUUUGGGGAAGGCUGGUUAUGGGUUGCUCUUAAGCAGGGGUGGAGAAGCUGUAGCCUUCCAGGUGUUUCCAAACCAUAGCUCCCAUCUUCUCCAGCCAUUGGCCAAGCUUGCUGAGGCUGGUGGAAGCUGUAGUUCAGUAGCAACGGCAGCCCCAUGGACUCCCCAUGCCUGUUCUUAAGUGUUCUAUCCUCCUUAGUCUGAAGCUUCCCUCUCUACCACUUCCUUGAGCACCUAAAAAGUGAGCUUUAGAAAGAUUAAGAAUUGACAGUCCCUACCUGCAGGCUGAAGGGACGCGGGUGGCACUGUGGGUUAAACCACAGAGCCUAGGACUUGCUGAUCUGAAGGUUGGCAGUUUGAAUCCCUGCGACGGGGUGAGCUCCCAUUGCUCGGUCCCUGCUCCUGCCAACCUAGCAGUUCGAAAGCAUGUCAAAGUGCAAGUAGAUAAAUAGGUACCGCUCCGGCGGGAAGGUAAACGGCGUUUCCGUGCCAGAAGCAGCUUAGUCAUGCUGGCCACAUGACCCGGAAGCUGUAUGCCGGCUCCCUCGGCCAAUAAAGCGAUAUGAGCACCGCAACCCCAGAGUCGGUCACAACUGGACCUAAUGGUCAGGGGUCCCUUUACCUUUACCUUUACCUGCAGGCUGAAAGGAACACAAGGAAAGGAGCCUAGAAAUGGAAGAGGACCAUUGAAGCAGUGGUUCCAUCCAUCCAUCCAUCCAUCCAAGGAGCUUCAAGCAGCAAACAUGAAGUUAUCCAGAUUUAUUUUCCUCCUUUGUUUAGUAGACACCCAAAAAGUUUACCCAAGGUGGCUGAAUUGUCCAGUUGUUUUUAUACUAGCUUUGCUUCCCAUGCUUUUGUAACAUGUUCGAUCAAGGGCUUUUUAAAAUUUUGUAUGUACCUAAUUCUGCAGCCUCUAGGCAGUGUAGAAGGAGUAAACAAAUAUUCCUGUUGCAAUUAAAGACUAUUGUGAUGCAGCCACGGUGCAACCUGAUACAGUAGCAGAAUGGGAAAUCCAUUUUUAUUCAUCCUUCAGAAAUACCGAGUUAUUGCCAGCCUCCCGAACUCCCAAAGAGUAUCCACCACAUGGUCCUUCCAGAUGGUGAGGGAUCUCACAGGGAGCAAAUUCCACUGCUGGAAAUGUCUGCUUUCUAGUUGCAGUUCUUGUGCUUGUGCUCGAGGUGGGAAGAAGUCACUGAACGCACCACCAUCCAUUCACGCUAUACUUGGGUUGCUGAUCCAAAGGUCAGCAGUUCGAAUCCCCAUCACAGGGUGAACUCCCAUUGCUGUGUCCCAGUUCCUGCCAACCUAGUCGUUCGAAAGCAGACCAUAGAUAAAUAGGUACCGCUGUGGUGGGAAGAUGAGAUAAGUGCCACACACUAUAAUCUCCUUUGACUGGACUUAACCAUCCAGGGGUCCUUUACUUUUCACCUUUACCCUUUUACCUUACAUGUUGUUGGAUUUUGUUGUUAUUGUUUUGGCGGCUAAUUUUUUUAUGAUGACAAAUGUUGUAUUAUGUAAACCAGUGUGCUUGUAAGCUAUUUCAAGCUCCCCUGCCCCUCUUGCUGGACCAAAACGCAUGAAAUAAACAAAGUUUAAGAAUUGUCA